AUGAUAGAGCAAAAUGAACAAUAUUUGGUAACAUUACAUGCUAAACCAAACGAUAAAUCUAUACUAGCUACAUUCCAACAUUACUUAGAUAUGGAAACAUGGUUUCGAACAUUUACACAUUUGAUAUUUAUUGUACUUGAUAUAGACAAGAUGCAUCAUCGUGUACGUGAAUUAUUAUUAAAUGAACAAGAUUCAUUAUCAAGACAAAAUAUACAGCAUGCCGAAGUUUAUUAUUUUUCACGUGAACUUACAUGUCGAAAAGGAAUGAAGCCAUAUAUAAUUCUUAGAACUGUUAAUGCAGAUGUUGCACGUUCACAAUUAAAUAAGAACUUUUAUCAGUUUGUAUCUGUGCCACCAAAAAUUCGAGUAAUCGUUGGAGCAGCUGGUAUUGGUAAGUAUUAA